AUGAAGAUAAUCGUGUGGACCCUGGUUAUAGCACAGCUAGUUCUACUACUAUUCUCACCAGUGCUGAAGACGUGGCCAGUUUUCCGAUGGUACUACAAGAAAGUGUUCUAUCCGAUAUUUGAGGAUGUAAACACUCUGCGAUGGAAGUUUUGGGUGGUUCCAGCGCUGUACCUUGGUGUUUACACAUAUUGUACAAUACUGUUCUAUCAAGACGUGGAGCCGUUGGUCAGGGCUCGUUUGGCAUUAGUUGAGAGAUGGAUUGUUAUUCCAGCCUUACUAGUUGCAUUGCUCGUCACUGGAACUUUGACAAUGGUAGUGAAACCCCGAACAUCGCGGGAUAACGCAACGUAUGGAUCGCCCUGGUGUUUACCAUGCGACAAUCUGAUCUUUCACCAAAAUCAGGUCUGUCGUACAUGUAAGCUGCCCAAAUAUGCACGAUCACGGCAUUGCGCCAUCUGCAAUCAGUGCACACUAGUGGCCGACCACCAUUGUGUUUGGGCCAACAAUUGCAUUGGAGCAGGCAAUUACCAAUACUUCUACGGGUUUCUGGUGGUCAAUGUGCUUCUCACAAGUUAUGGGAGUGUCAGACUUGCAUGGCUAUGGCAGUCUGGAGACGAUAGAUCGCUGUUGGUGUUGGGCGCACUACUUGGAAGCUUCGCAUUAAUUCUGAUCGUUUUUACAUACUUCCAACUGGCGUUAGUGCAGGCCGGGAUGACUACAGGCGAGGAAAAUAAGUGGUUGGUAGUUCACGAUAUGUUGCGAGAAGGGAAAUUGGUAAUAGACGACACAGACCAGUACUUUUAUCGUGUAGGCGGUGAAAAUGGUGAUCAAUAUGAGUUUUAUUCUACAAAUUUCUACGAUGGUGACACGUAUGAAGUUCGAGACUAUCGAGUGGUGCGGGACCCUGCAGAAAUCACAAACAUUUACGACCGUGGUGGAUUUUGGGCAAAUUUGAAAGCGUUAGUGAUGCCCUGA